CGGGCUGAAGAACGUCCUCACACAUCUUCCAGCCAUGAUGGAUGCAGCCUGCUUGUCCUGCAGCAGGAAUCCUGAGACCAGACUCUGAGGGUUAAUCUGUUUGUGAAAACGGAUGCAGGUUUAUGUGUGGCCAGCGGAUGAAACGAGCGUUAAAACCCAUGUUUCCAUGUGACGUUUAUUCCUGACUCCGUCCAGGAGCACCAUCUGUUUCCUGUCAGCUGACCUGAACGGAGACGAGCAAACAGACCUUUAUGUUUCACACGUUCUGCUGCAGCUGGAAGCAGCUUCUGUCUGACAGCUGAUCCGUGUCCAUGAGGGCCUCCUGAAGACGUUCAGCCUCAUUUGAUCUGAACGUUUGAGUCUGGUUUCUCCUCUGACUGCAUCCCUGCUGCUUUUCUGUCUCUACAGACUGAAUCGGGUUGUGUUUUUCUUUCCUUUGUAAUGGUAGGUUGGUCUUUCUUUGUCCCUCGCUCCUGUCCUCUCCUGGUUCUGGUUUUCCUCUCUGGGGUUGUUUAGUAACUUGUUCUGCUAAUGACGGGGAAUUUAAGUGAAAUUAAAUCUAAAAAUCUAACCUGUGGAUUUCCUCACCAAAGAAACCGUCUUUGAAUUGUUAUUUUAAACCAUGUCAGCCUCGUCCUGCUUAUUGAGCUUGUAGGAGAGAUGAGAAUCGGCUGAAAGGAAUCAAACUGCAGCGACCUGGAAGCCGUCGGAUGUUUGAGCAGAUGCAGAACAACUCUCAGAUCCUCAUCCAGCUCCAGGGCCUGAACGACUCUCUGGCCAGCCGUCCCAUCUUCGUCCUCGCUCUGACGUCCUACGUCUUCACCGUCCUGGUGAACCUGACGCUCAUUGUCACCGUGUGCCUGGAUGAGACGCUCCACCAGCCCAUCUACGUCUUCAUGUGCAACCUGUGUGUGAACGGGAUCUGCGGAGCAUCCAGUUUCUACCCGAAGCUGCUGUACGACCUUCUGGCUGACCAUCAGGUCAUCACGUACGCCGGCUGCAUGACUCAGAUGUUCUUCACCUACAGCUAUGUGUUCUGUGAGUUCACCAGUCUGACCGUCAUGGCGUACGACCGCUUCGAGGCCAUCUGCCGGCCUCUGCGGUACCGGGCGCUGAUGACGGGGCAGAAGGUGGUGCAGCUGCUGGCGUUCACCUGGAGCCUCUCGCUGAUGGAGACCGCGGUCGGCAUCUUCCUCCUCAUCAGGCUGCCGCUCUGCAAACGCCACAUUCCCAAAGUCUUCUGCACCAACUGGGAGGUGGUGAAGCUUUCCUGCUCCAGCACGGUGGCCAACGACAUGUACGGCCUCCUGCUCGUGGUCCUGCACCUGCUGCAGGCCGGACUCAUCCUGGUGUCCUACGUGCACCUGGUCCGGACCGCCGUGCGCUCGCAGUCUGACCGCAGGAAGUUUCUUCAGACAUGUCUGCCGCACCUGGCAGCGCUGCUCGUCUUCACCGCGUCGCUGCUGUUCGACACCUUGUUCUCUCGCUACGCCGGCGGCUCCAUGGCGGCGCUGCAGAACGCGCUGGCGGCGGAGUUCCUGGUGGUCCCGCCCCUCGUCAACCCCGUCAUCUACGGCGUAAACCUGCAGCAGGUCCGGACCCGGAUCCGCCUCCGGUUCAUCCUCAGAACUGGAACCUGACUGGAAACUGAGGAGUUUCAGGGUGGAACUGGUUAAGUUUGACAAUCUGAGUCAGAAAUGAUGCUGAGAAAAAUAAAGUUUUUAUCUGAUCGCCUCUGAAU